AUGGAGUUGAUGGAGUUUUUGUGCCCUGAUUCUCCUUAUGUGUGGGAUCUUAAUGGAGUUUCAGGGUGUUUUAACAAUCUAUAUCCUUCGAUUAACGUGCUGGGGUUCGGAGUCAACUUGCUCACUGUGGUUAUUGUAAUUCUGCUUGCGGCUACGGAUAGGAACCGAAAACAAUGGAGGAGGAUACAUCGAUCGGUAAAGACAUCUCUCUCCAUUUUGACCGCUUUUGGAGUGUGUGGUGCGUUCUUCGGCUUAAGUAUUCUCUUGAUGAGUGCCAAACCUGUUCGUUAUCAUGAAUGGUUGUAUGCAGGCUCACAGCUGUCGGUUUGGGUGGUUGUUCUUAUCGUGUGUAGAGGCGAAAGUUGGCUGCAUGUUUUAUGUAGUCAAAUUCUCUGUUUCUGGUGGAUCGUAAAACUCCUACUUUUGAUACUACGGCUAAAAGUACUACUUUCUUCAACUCAGGUGAUUUGUUUGACUGAAGUUGUAACAUGGAUUGAGGAAAUUUGUCUGGCUGUCAUCGAUAUCGUGUUUGGAGUACUAAUUAAUAUAAUCAGAAUGAAGGCUGCAUUUUCAGGACAUAGUUGGUACCGGAUUAUUAAAUGUUUGAAGUUUAAUUGCACAGGUACCAAAAGUCCUGAUGGUUACGUUCUGGCAAUAUCCUUGGGUUUGGUAUCCAUUUUAAAAUCAUUCCUUGACACACAAUAUACUUUUCGUCUCGCACAACUUAGGCUGAAGUUGAGAUCUAGUAUCAUGACUAUUAUCUACCGGAAGUGCCUUUGUGUUAGCUUAGCCGAGAGAUCAAAGUUUUCCGAAGGAGAAAUUCAAACGUUCAUGUCCGUAGAUGCAGACCGAAUUGUAAACCUAAGCAACAGCGUUCACGAUAUGUGGAGCUUGCCUUUACAAAUAGGUGUUGCUCUGUAUUUACUAUACAAACAAGUCAAGUUUGCCUUUGUUGCUGGACUAGCCAUAACUAUUCUGCUAAUUCCAGUUAACAAAUGGAUAGCGAAUCUAAUUGCGAAUGCCACUAAAUGUAUGAUGGAGCAAAAGGAUGAAAGGAUUCGAAAGACAGCUGAACUACUCACAUAUAUUCGUACUUUGAAAAUGUACGGCUGGGAGCUUCUCUUCGCCAGCUGGUUGAUGAAUACGAGGUCCUCUGAAGUUAAAUACUUAUCGAUCAUGAAUUGGCUCCUCAAACUCAAGCUCAUUCAUUUAAAACUGUUGUUUUGUCAGACAAGAAAAUAUCUGGAUGCUUGGUGCGUGUUCUUUUGGGCAACGACACCCACUCUCUUCUCUUUGUGCACGUUCGGACUCUAUUCCUUAAUGGGCUAUCCGCUCGAUGCUGCAACUGUUUUCACCUGCCUAGCUCUGUUUAACAACUUGAUCUCCCCCCUUAACUCUUUCCCUUGGGUCAUCAAUGGCUUGAUAGAUGCAGCUAUAUCUACUAGACGAUUGAGCAAGUAUCUCUCCAGCUUUGAAAAUGAUAUUGAGCACGGAAGUUCAUCCCCAAAUGUUGUUGGUGAUAAAUUUGGAUCUAAAGAGCCGGCUGUUGCUGUACGUGAUGCAUCAUGUGCAUGGUCGAGCUGUGAUGAGAAGGAAUUUAAUUUGGUCUUGGAAUGUGUAAACCUUUAUGUUCAGAAAGGGUUCAUGGUCGCCAUAAUAGGAGAGGUAGGAUCGGGUAAAUCGUCUCUUUUAAACUUGCUCCUUGGGGAAACUAGGCUUAUCAAUGGAUCGACACAUCUAAAUGGCUCAAAAGCAUAUGUACCACAGGUCCCCUGGAUAAUGUCUGGGACUAUCCGUGAUAAUAUUUUGCUCGGAAAGGACUAUGAUCAGAAAAGAUACUUGGAUGUGUUACAGGCAUGUGCUCUGGAUCUCGAUAUUUCGCUAAUGGUGGGAGGUGAUAUGGCUCAUAUUGGUGAAAAAGGGACCAAUUUGUCGGGAGGACAAAGAGCUCGCCUGGCCCUUGCAAGGGCUCUUUAUCACGCCACAGAUAUAUACCUGCUUGAUGAUAUCCUGAGUGCGGUUGAUUCACAUGUCGGCCGCUCAAUUUUGCAGAAUGCCUUACUUGGACCUGUUAUGAACGGAAAAACACGCAUUCUCUGUACACAUAAUAUCCAGACAAACUCCAUAUUGCAGGCAAUACAAUCGGCUGAUUUGGUAGUUGUGAUGGAUAAAGGACGAGUGAAGUGGGUAGGAAGUCCAUCAGAUUCGUCUAUUUCUUCCUACAUCUCGUUUCUAUCUCUAGACGAGGUGAACACAUCCACCGGAAUACAAAACAACAAAAAAUUACCAAUUGAAUUAGAACAAAACCAAGAAGAAGAUUGUAUAAGCACUUCCAGUGACGCCCAGGGUGUCGUUGAGGCCGAGACACGAAAAGAAGGAAGUGUUGAGGCAACAGUAUACAAAAAAUAUGCUACAUUUGCUGGUUGGUUGGUUACAGUAAUGACAUUCGUCUCGGCAAUUUUGAUGCAAGCUUCUCGUAAUGGAAAUGAUCUGUGGCUCUCAUUUUGGGUUGACACCACAGAAGACAGCCCAAGCAAGUAUUCAACCACUUUCUACCUGGUCAUACUUGGCAUAUUUUGCUUGGUGAAUUCAUCGUUAACUUUAGUGAGGGCAUUUUCGUUUGCAUUUGGUGGUCUACGAGCCGCUAUUAGAGUGCAUGACCAGUUACUACAGAAUCUUACUGAUGCACCUAUUGGCUUCUUUGAUCAGACCCCAAGUGGAAGAAUAUUAAACAGGUUUACGAUACGUCAUGUUCUUGCUGCUACUGAUACCGUUUUGGUUUAUUUACAGCAGAUUGCAGAUAGUUUUCUUAAAAUAAGUAUUCAGACUAUAUAUGCCAUCGACCAAUUGAUUGUGAAUAGUAAGAAUCGUACAAACACGGCAAAAGGGUUUGAAUAUCAGAUUACUAAACACAAGAAGUUCCAGUUCUACUACAGGUCAACAUCACGCGAACUGCGAAGACUGGACAGUGUGUCCCGUUCGCCUAUCUACGCAUCAUUUACAGAGACAUUGGAUGGUUCUUCAACUAUUAGAGCUUUUAAUUCUACGGACUUGUUUCUAUUUAGAUUCAUGAAGCACAUGGGAAUAUAUCAGCGAACUUCUUACACAGAAGUCAUCGCAAGUUUAUGGCUUUCCCUUCGCCUUCAGUUGUUGGCAGCAUUUAUCGUCUCAUUUGUUGCCGUGAUGGCCAUUGUUGGAACACACGGAUAUAUCCCUGUCAAUUUGGGUACACCGGGCUUGGUUGGUCUGGCUCUUUCUUAUGCUUCCCCUAUUGUGUCCUUGUUGGGAAGCUUCUUGACGAGCUUCACCGAAACAGAGAAGGAGAUGGUUUCUGUUGAAAGGGUCCUUCAGUACAUCGACAUCCCUCAGGAAAAGUUGUCCGGUGAACAACCAUUAACUCCAAACUGGCCAUUGAAAGGAGAGAUACAGUUUCAAAACGUUGGAAUUGUUGGAAGAACGGGCGCUGGAAAAUCGAGCAUCUUGAAUAUUCUAUUCCGUCUCAACCCAGUUUGUGGUGGGUGUGUUCUAGUGGAUGGGUUAGAUAUUGCUCGAAUUCCCGUUAGAGAUCUUCGGUCUAGCAUUGCUAUCGUUCCUCAGAGCCCUUUCUUGUUUGAAGGAUCAUUAAGAGCCAAUUUAGAUCCAUUUGAGAUGAGUAGCGAUGAGAAAAUAUGGAACAUUCUAGAAAAAUGCUGUCUCAAGGAGGAGAUUGAAGCUGCUGGGGGAUUGGAAAUUCAUGUAAAGGAAUCUGGAACUACAUUUUCAGUCGGGCAACGACAGCUUCUUUGCCUUGCACGAGCACUUCUCAAAUCUUCCAAGGUACUCUGCAUGGACGAGUGCACGGCCAACGUGGACACUCAAACAGCUUCUAAGCUGCAGACAGCUAUUUCGAGUGAAUGCCAAAGCAGAACUGUACUCACGAUUGCUCAUCGCAUUUCCACUGUUGUAACCAUGGACACCAUCUUCGUUUUGGAUCAAGGGAUACUGGUCGAACAGGGGGACCCACAGGUCCUUGCGCGUGACAGCUUGUCCAGGUUUUCGGGUUUUGCCAGGGCAUCAGCUAUGUAGUUUUCGAGAUUCUGUUGGCGAAAUAGCAGUCGUGACUUGACUAGUAUUUGAUCCCAGAAUGUGAUGUUUUAGAUAUAUCCUUGAUAAGUGUAUCUUUAAACAAUUUAGGCAGUGUCCUUUGGUUUUGAUGAUAUUAAUGUUUUCUAGAUGAACGUUAUUUGAUGCACUUGAUAGAAGAUAGCCUAUUUUGAUAAAUUGUAGAUGAUAAACGUAUUUCUAACGACAUUAUGCAUUAUUAUUAAUCUUAUGCACAAUCUCAUAUGGACCAUACUUCUUUGGUUGCGUGAUAAGUCGAAAAUAUGUGUUUCUAUUAUAGUAAAAUAGUGAGUUUGUAUUAGAUAUUUGUGCUUAAGUGACGUGUUUUCGACUUUAUAAUAUGUCUUCGAGUAGAAUCUACCAUUGUUGAUAUUUUGAUGCAGUUAGAUCGUAUGAGCUCGACUAGGUGCACAUAUAACCAACAUGGCAGCGCUGAUAUUUGUAGAACAUGGCCAUGUCAGUAUACACGGAGGUGCACAGCGUAUCAGUUCUUAACAUGGGCCUGUUCACACUAAGCCCAAUAGCAAUAAUA